UCAUUUACGCAAAAAAUAACUGGAAAAGAAGCCGGGUGUCGACGAUGUAAAGUCCAAAGUCAAAGAGACCGAUUUGGAGCUGAGACCAGCAGCAGGUGGAGUGACGUGGGUCUGGGCCGGGCGUGUUGUGGAGCCCUGCAUCACCAGAGACCCUCAGUGGAGUCCAGUUGCCUGGAAAACCUGUGGGAUGUCCUGCCCUCUGAGGUUCUACCCCCCCACUACUACCAGAGUUCAGUCCGCUGUGGGGACAGAGACGCAGGACUGAGUCCCACCAGCAUCACCUCCAUCCCAGGCACCAUCACCASCCUGCUACAGGACCUGAGCCUGGGUGAGGCGUCAGCCGCUCCAGCCCCCUCACCCUCCGCCGCUCCUCCCUCCAAACGCCAGUGCCGCUCCGUCUCCUGCUCAGAGGACCUGGGAGGCUGUGGGUCGGCCUGGAGGCCCCAGGGGUCCGGGGUGUGGACGGCUGUGGCGAAGAGGCGAUGCCACAGCGGAGGAAGUGUCCAGAGAGGAUUUGCAACCGGAGGAGGGACACGCUCUCAGCAGCUCGGGUUCCCUGCCAUGCAGCGUAGCUCCAGCUUCAGCCUGCCAGCUCGCUCCAACACCCUCUCCCUGGAUCUCACUGGCUUCACCCCCUGCCCUUCCUCCUUCAGCGGCUUAGCCCCCACCUCUUACUCCUCAGAGCCGCCCAGGCCCUUCCUCUACCUCUCUCAUGAACAGAUCUGCCUCCCAGAGAUCCAGGGAGGCCCGGCGUCACCCCUGAGCUCCCCAGACUCCACCCCAGAGAUGAAGCGUCGCGCUGGGCAGGGGGGGCUGGCCCGGAGCCGCUCUCAGCCCUGCGUCCUCAGCGACAGGAAGAUGGGUAUGAAGCGGAGGAGACCAGCCGACUCACACAAACAGAGGCCUUCUCUGGAUCUGACCAAGAUGACACAGAAACUUCGGAAUUUCCAAAGCCUCAGCUGCCCUGGGAUCACUGGGGACGCCGGCUAU